GAGAGAAUGAAAACACACAGAGAAAAGGGAAAGAAGGAAAAUUGGUAAAAUCCCCAAAAACCAAAACCAAAACCAAAUCUCAUCCUCUUCAAACCAACCCCCUUUCUCCUCCUCUCUUCCAAUCCUAAAUCCUCCAUUCGCUUCUUCUUCCUCCUGGAUCCGAUCGCGCCCCUCAGGUAUCUGUGGUUUGAAGAAUUUGGAUAUGAUUGAUGGAAGAUAAACAUACAGAUGGCUAAAAUGUCUGCUUCUGCUUCUUCAUCGUGGGAGCGUGCUCAACGCCUUUAUGAAAAAAAUAUUGAGCUGGAGAAUCGACGUAGAAGGUCCGCUCAGGCUCGAAUUCCUUCCGAUCCCAAUGCAUGGCAACAAAUACGUGAAAAUUACGAAGCAAUAAUCCUUGAGGAUUAUGCCUUUUCUGAACAGCACAAUAUUGAAUAUGCUCUUUGGCAAUUGCAUUACAAGCGAAUUGAGGAGUUGAGGGCACAUUUCAGUGCUGCUUUAACUUCUGCUGGUUCUAACAAUUCUCAAGCCGUGCCUACAAGGCCUGACAGAGUUUCUAAGAUAAGAUUGCAGUUCAAAACAUUUCUUUCUGAAGCUACUGGAUUUUACCAUGAUUUAAUAUUGAAAAUCAGAGCAAAAUAUGGGCUCCCUUUGGGUUCUUUCUUGGAGGAUGCAGACAACCGUAUGGCUACAGAUAAAGAUGGAAAGAAGUUUGCUGACAUGAAGAAAGGUCUCAUUUCUUGUCAUCGUUGUUUGAUAUACUUGGGUGAUCUUGCACGCUACAAAGGCUUAUAUGGGGAAGGCGAUUCCAAAAAUCGGGAGUAUACUGCAGCUUCAAGUUACUACCUGCAAGCUGCUUCACUUUGGCCAUCGAGUGGCAAUCCUCAUCAUCAGCUUGCUAUAUUAGCAUCAUACUCAGGAGAUGAGUUGGUUGCUGUUUAUCGAUAUUUCCGUAGCCUGGCCGUUGAUUCUCCAUUUUCUACUGCCAGAGAUAAUUUGAUUGUUGCAUUUGAGAAGAACCGUCAGAGCCAUUCUCAGCUGUUAGGGACUGCUAAAACUUCUGUGGUGAAGGAAUCACCUAUUCGUUUUAGUGGAAAAGGGCGGAAGGGAGAAGUAAAGCUUGCAACUAAAGAUUCUAGUACUGAACCCCCUAAGGAGAGUGCGUUAUCUCCACAGGAUCCAUUUAAAUCCUUUUGCAUUAGACUUGUUCGUUUAAAUGGAAUACUUUUCACACGCACAAGCCUAGAGACAUUUACGGAAGUUCUCUCAUUGGUUAAUAGUAGUUUCUCCGAACUUUUGUCUUCUGGGCCUGAAGAGGUACUGCUUUUUGGAACGGAUGCUGCUGAGAACAGUCUCAUCAUAGUUAGAAUUGUUGCAAUUCUUAUAUUCACGGUUCACAAUGUGAAUAAAGAAACUGAAGGUCAGACAUACUCAGAAAUUGUACAACGGGCUGUUUUGAUACAGAAUGCACAUAUUGCAGUUUUUGAGUUGAUGGGUUCUAUUCUAGAUAGAUGCUCCCAGUUGCGUGAUCCUUUGUCAAGUUUUUUUCUGCCUGGCCUUCUAGUUCUUGUUGAAUGGUUGGCAUGUUGCCCUGAAAUUGCAGCAGGUAGUGAAGUGGAUGAUAAACAGGCGACUGCUAGAUCAAAAUUUUGGAACCAUUGCAUCUCUUUCUUCAACAAGCUUUUGUCAAGUGGUUCUGUGUGUUUAGACGAUGAUGAGGAUGAAACUUGCUUUUUUAACCUCAGUAAAUAUGAAGAGGGUGAAACUGAAAAUCGGCUUGCAUUAUGGGAGGAUAUUGAAUUAAGGGGAUUCUUGCCACUUCUUCCUGCGCAGACAAUAUUGGAUUUUUCAAGGAAGCAUUCUGGAAGCGACAGCAACAAAGAGAAGGUUGCUCGCAUUAGAAGGAUUCUGGCUGCAGGGAAGGCUUUAGCAAAUGUAGUCAAGAUUGAUCAAGAACCAAUAUUUUACAAUUCAAAGGUGAAAAGGUUUUGCACUGGUGUCGAACCUCAAGAGCCAAAUGAUUUUGUCAUUCCAUCGUCUUCUAGCAUGGUUCCUGGUCCAGGGAAUGCUAUGCAAGAAACUCUAGUAGAGAAAACAAACAAUUUGGCAGCUGGUAAGGCAAGUUCGCAGCUAGUUUUGGAAGGGGAAGAGGAGGAUGAAGUAAUUGUCUUCAAGCCUCUAGUUGCUGAGAAGCGAAUUGAAAUGGCUGAUUCACUGCAGUCGGGUUAUGAGGGUUUGCAACUUGGAAAGAGUUCUUCUGGAGGUGAUCUGAGAUCCUAUGGUGGCGUGAAAAUCUCUUCCGAUGAUGUUUACCAGUCAAAUGGUUUUGAGUCAAGUUAUCAAGCACCUGUUACUGCUGCUAAUAUUAACACUCUCCAUUGGCAAACAAUUCAGGCAAAUGCUUCUCAAUGGCCACAAGAACAGAAAACUGGUCUUGUUGACAGCUUACAAAGUUUGAGGUUAUUUGAAAAUGGGCAUGGGAUGAAAUCUGAUCUUCAGAAUGGUAUAAGCAUGUUUAAUCCUGCAGCUCACUCGAUGCCUAUCAAUCAAGCUUUCAGCGUAAAUAACGAUGUUUUUUACGGUGACAAAAAGCCCAUAGGAGCUCUUGUACAAUCUAGGAAUGAUGUCCCUGCCUCGUUUGGAGGCCUUAUUGACCCAAUGACUACGAGUGUAUUUUCUAGUCUUCAAUUAGGGUUGAGAAAAAACCCAGUUGGUCGACCGGUUAGGCAUCUUGGCCCUCCUCCUGGAUUCAACCAUGUUCCAACGAAGCACGCUAAUGAAUCCCUUCCUGGGUCAGAGUUUAGAAGCGAGAAUCAGAUCAUGGAUGAUUAUAGCUGGUUGGAUGGACAUCAGCUGCCCUCUUCUACAAAAGGCUCUGCUAAUGCCGUGCAUCUCACAUCUCAUAUGAACGCUCAGCAAAUCGGUGGCAGUAAUGUGUUGAGUGGGACAAUCAACUUUCCUUUUCCUGGAAAACAGGUUCCGAAUGUGCAGUCCCCAAUAGGAAAACAGAACGGCUGGCCUGACUUUCAGGUGCUUGAGCAACUAAAACAACACAAUGAACAACAUCUCCAACCACAUCAACAGCUUGUGAAUGGUGGUAGCCAACUCUUUACUUCUCUGCCUGAGCAAUAUCCAGGGCAGUCUAUAUGGACAGGUCGUUACUUCAUGUGAUGUCGUAUGAGAGUAUAGAUGGUCCUCGGGAAUGAUAAUGGUGAUUGUACCGCAUCCUGGUGCGAAAUUGAACUCCACCUUAGCUGCUUGUUGAAAAAUUUAUCGGAGCAUUUCUGGCCUUGGAUUUAAGCAGGCACUUGCUACCAUACAGCAAAUUGGCCGAGCUCUCCAGCAAAAGGAGGAAGAGAAAAUUGAAAACGUUGUUCGAAGAGCUGUUCGUAUGGGAAGUAAAUGCCUUGUCACGUUGUUCGAUGAGUGUUCUUAAGUUGAUCGGGUUUUGGGGGAUUGGUGGGAUAAGAUGGUGUACUCAGUAAUAAGGUACUUACUUAACUGUGGAGUCUAGCUGUGAGAAAUGGUUUUAGUAUGAUCAUCCAAAGGCAGGUGACAUAAUAAUAUUGUGCUGCUUGGCCACUUGUGCCUGUUCUGAAGACUACAUACACUCUUUGAUCUGUGCCUCUGAUGAUGAUGAUGAUGGUGGUGGUGGUGGUGGUGGGUUUCAAAAUCAUCAUCAUAUGUUUGGUUUGGUUUGGUUUGGAUGAUAUUAAUCAUCACCCUAUCAGUUGUGAAAGGGCGGUUGGUUAUUAUGCUGUGCACUGUUUUGUUAAGAGUGGGGAGCUGGAUGGAGUCUUUAGGAAUUUUCUAAGUCUUGAAUUGAAUGUUGUCGAGGUCGAGGUCGAGGUCGAGUCGGGCUUUCUUCUUCUUCUAGUAUGGAAAUAAUUUGUGAAAUGUAUGCGUCGGACGUGUUUGCUUGUACUGUACUUUUCUGGUUUAUCCAAACACCUUUUGUCUCCA